AAUCCAAAAUUGACAGCGCAUCACUUCAUUUUAAAAACAUCAUGAACAAUAUGUCAAAAUAGUAAAUCUGAAGUGUUUGGUUUUUUUAAGUGAUGACGAUCGUUCCCUCAUUUGCCAUUUUCGAAGAAUAUCAUCAUUUUCCAUAGUGGACAGUAAACGAAAGCCCCUAACCGAGCUACCAACACUUCUUGCGUAAAUUUACGAUGGAUAAUCCAGCUGGCACACAGGAAGGGCCUCCGAAGAAGGGACCCCUGGAGAAUCUGAGCCGCGAGGAACUCAUUAGGAAAUGCAAGGGUCUUCUAGGAUUGGCACAGAAAGCAAAACAGGCUAAAGAUGAGUUUGCCGAGGAAAACAAGAAGCUCAAGGAAGAACUGAAUAAAUUUGAAACUCAAAAAGACGCUGAUAAAAAAUCUCUGAUUGCUAUGAAGGAAAUUGUAGACGCUUUGACCGAGAAUAAACUAACGCUCACGACGCAAGUGGCCGAUCACAAAGCUCAGUGCGACAGGCUGCAAAGUGAGUUGCAAAAGUUUGAUCAAAUGGCGAUCGAGAACGAGGCCUUGAAGCGGCAAAUGAAGCGAUUGAGCGAUGAAAAUGAGGAACUGCUUACAGACCUAGAUGCGAUGGAGAAGAAGCUAGACCAGGUAAAUCAGUUCGGCAUACAACAACAAAAAGAUCUCGUGUUACUGGAGAAAGAGACUGCAAAAUGGAAAGAUCUGGAACACUCCGUAGAAGAACUUCAAAAAGAAUUAAAACAAAAAGUAACAGAAAAUGAAAAAUUGGAGAGUAAAUGUAAAGCGCUAGAAGAGGAAAUUUCCGGUCAUAAAUCACUUGAAGAAACCCAAAAUCUAAAAGCAAUACUUGAAAAUAGUCAAACACUAAUUUCCACUCUGCAGACAGAAAAAACUGACUUAACAGCGAGACUGGAAGGCCUCGAAAACAAAACCAAAAACAUUGAAUCCUAUGAAAAGACAAUCGAAAUGCAAGCCUUAGAAAUAGAACAACUAAAAAAAUCAAAUGACAAACAUGCUGCACGUCUUCAGCUUUUCAAAUCAAAAAUAGUUGAAUUUUCACUGAAAUUGAAGAAAUUAAAAAAAUCUCGUGAAAUUCUGAUAGAAACGGUUCAGGAAUAUGCCCAAUCUGUACCUAAAUGGCAGAAGGAAAUCAUGAACGCUUCGAAUCAGAUUUCAAACCAACUUUUGUCUGUAGACCUGGAGCGAAAGGCGCUGGAAAAAGAAGUGGCUCGGCUCCAACACCAAUUAGAAAAGCAAAAGACUAAACUGCGAGUAGAUGAGGACGUUUCUCGACUAGAUAGAAACCGGUUACAGGAGCUAUGCCUUUACGUUGAUAGAGCUUACUUGGAGUACCAGGAGAAAGUUGAACAGUUAGGUAUCAAGUGUGGAGAAAAUGAAGAUUUACGAAGGCAAUUAUCUGAAUUAGCCGAAUGUCUUUCAAAAUCCCAAUCUGAAUGCGAAGAAAAGGUUAAGGAUAUCGCAGGGCUCGAAACUGAUAUUGCUGCACUUAAAAGUAAACUGAAUAAGACAUUAGGUAAUACUGAUACCAAUUUAAAUGAUGAACUCAAACAAAAGCUUCAUCAAACUGAACUGGAUUAUGCCGUCAAAAGUAAAGAACUAGAAAAUCUAAAAAAUCAAUUGGAUGACAUCACACUUAAACACUCCAAGGCGAUUGCUGAAAAUGAUGACAAAGCCAACGAAGUAAGACAACUGAAAGAAGAACUGGAAGCGGUGCGUCUCGAAAUGUCUAAGUUGACCGCGGAAUAUGAAAAUCUGCAGCAAACAAUUCAAAUUAGCAACACAUCCUCGGAUGAAGCGGUGAAGCGUUUGGAAAGUGAGAUAUCUUUGAAGGCUGCUGAUCUACGAAAUCUAGAACAGGAGAGAAAUAAUCUUUGCACAAGUCUUAAAGAGAAAAGCGCUCAACUGGAGCAAUUCCAGUCUUCUUUGCGUAUCCGUGAAACAGAAAACAGUGACCUUUUAGCAGAAAUGCGGGAGUUGAAUGAGGCGUUCAAAGGGCGUGGGGAUGUCAUAUCACGGCAGCAGGACAAAAUCAAAGAACUUGAAAACGAAAUUCGACAAACUGCUGAGAAAUUAUCAAAAAUUGAAGUGACAUUUAACGAAAAAGACAACGAAAUCAAACAGAAAGAAUUACAAAUAACAUCAAUGAACAAGGAGAUUGUAGGGGCAAAAGAAGAAGUAGCAAACCUUCUUGACCAAGCAAAGCAAAAUGAAAUUCGAAUAAAAUCUCUUUCUGACGAAAUGUCUACCAUGCGCGAAAAAUACCAAGAGUGUCAAAGUGAUGCAAUUUCGACCUCAACAAUUUCAAAAGUAGAUGAAGUAGCCCGUCUUCGUGAAGUAGACGAGUCUUUCGAGGAAAAGUACAAUAAACUUCGUGCCCUCGCUGUGAAAUUGAAAAAGAAGGUUCAGGAGCAGGCGGCUUACAUUACGACCCUUGAACGCGAUAGUCAAAAAUCGGGUGAGGAUAAAAGUGAAAUCACCACCAAACUAAAAGUGAAAAAUUUACAAGCUCUGCAAAAUGAAAAUGAUAAACUACUAGAUGAGGUUGAAAAGCUUAAAGCUGCAAAUCACGAUUACGAAAAGAAGGUAAAGUCCUUAGAAGCGGAGAUGUCUGACAUUAAAAAUUGCUCGAGUAAUGAAAAGAUGGACAAAACUAAGUUGGAUAAUUCCAUUAAAGCAUGCCAAACUCAGAUUAAGUCAUUGAAACAGGAGAAAGAAAGUAUGAAUCUAAUUCGUAAGGAAAUCGAAAAGGAGCGUGAUUCAUUGAAGACAGAACUUGCGAAGAAGUCCGAAGAGUUAGGCGCAAUGAAAACGCAAUGUGAUAAAUUGAAAUCAGAAAUUGAACGGAAAAAGUCCGCUGAAAAACAGAGCAGUGUCCUGAAUUUGGAGAUUGAAGCAUACGAAAAGUCAUUAAAUGACGCUACACAUAAGCUAGAGAAGAGCAAGAUCACGAUUCAAGAGCUCAAAGAAGAGGCGGAAAGUAAAGAGGCUACGAUAAAAGCAUUAAAUGCACAAAUCAAAUUUCUGGAGGAAAAUAUCGAGUCGGAGAAAAUGCAUUCCUUAGAGUUAAAACAACAAAUUGAUAUCCAGCAUGCAAAAUUCAAAGAAAGCGAGCACGAAAAAAUGGAGCUGCGAACGCAACUACAAGACAGAACACAAGAGUCUGAGGACUUCAAAUCAGAGGUUAAUUCGCUUCAACUGCAGCUUUCAACAAUUGCGAGUGAUCGAGAGAAACUUUGUUCAUCAUUGCAAGCUGAAAAAGAGAAAUUGCUUCGCAGUGUUCUCAGCUUGGAAGAAAACGUAGACGAGUAUAAAAACAGCCUUAGGACGACUGAACACGAACUGGAAGACUUACGCGCCGAAUACGCUAGUUACAAGAUAAAGGCCCAAUCGGUUUUGAGACAAAGUCAAUCGAAAGAGUCCAGCCGAGAACGAGAAUUAGAAGAAGAAUUGAACGCUUGUCACAAAUCGACUGAAACUUUAACAAUUAAAUUGAAAGCAGCAACAGACGCACUUGAAAGCAAUGAGAAAAAGAUUGAGGACUUGCGGCAGGACAACGAAAGAGUUCAAAGGAGAUGCAAAGAGCUCAUACAGGCGCUAGAAGAUUCACGCCUGCAAAACGAGCAACUUCUCGAAGACAAUCGAAAACAAUCUCAUGAUUAUCAGGAUUCACUCAAGUCACAUCGGCUCCAAAUCGAAACUCUAAACAAUUGUUAUAAAACCCAAAUUGAAGAUCUAGAGAAAAAACAUCAAAUUGAAUUGGAAGAACUACGUAAACAGGGUAUGCACCUGGCAAACAUGGAUAGCAAACUAACAUCACGGGUAGGACCUUUCGGUGGCCCAAAUAAACCUACAAACGACGAACAGAAAAUCGAUUUGAUUUUAAUGGAACGAGAAGAUGCUGAGGGUUCGGAAACAACAUCGACAGCUGCUACGAAACGAAAAAUAUCUGCAUCAAAAUCUAGACGAGAUUUUGUCCCACUCGAUGAACUACUCAAUUCACCGCUGGAAGACACGCUUAUUGAAGAUUUCCGAUCCGUUUCGCCUACUCUGGAGUUGCAACAGACGAAAGAGAAGCUUCAUGUGCAGGAAAGUCGGGUGAAGCAUUUAACCGCAUUGUUAGCGGAAAACGAACAGGAUUUGGCAAAACUCACACAACUGAACGAACUACUUAAGGAGGAAGUCCGACGACAAGAAAGAUCUAUGGAACGUGAACCACAUGUUCAAAAUUCAGAAUAUCUUAAAAAUAUCGUUCUAAAGUUCUUAACCCUGAACAGUGGAGAUGAGAGAACACGUUUGGUGCCGGUUCUUAACACAAUCCUUAAGCUAAGCCCAGAAGAAACCCAGGCUUUGCAGAAUGUGGCGAAAGGUGCUGAAAGUGUGGGUCGAUCGUGGGGCAGUUACCUUCCGAUUUGGUCAAACCACCAAUAAUAUACGAUCAAUAAAUUUGUGUGUAUGUUUUAUGUAAAAUUUUCACAAGUCCGUUAGUACUUUUAUAUUGUUACAUAGUUAUGGUAAAAUCGCAUUAAAAUAUUUUAAAUAUGUAUAUUAAAAUAAUUAUAUGUAAAUAUAAAGAAAGAUAGUAAACAUUAAGUUUAUUUAAUUCGAA